CUUCAGCAGGCCUUUCUCAUUAUCAUACAAAUAGACUUGUCUACUUUCGUCUUUUCCUCAAUUCCAUUACUUAACUUCUAUAGCUCUUGCCCCUCUCUCUAUAUUAGCACUACUCCUAGUCAAGAUGCCUGCCAAGAUGUCUGACAACUACCCCUCUGAUGGCGAGGCCAUUGACUCCAGAGACUCUGGCUAUGUCAGUGGCAGCUCGAGUGAUGACUAUUCUCCGGAGAUUGUCUUCACCAAGCCACACUUGAAGUUCCUCAACAGACAAUUGCAGUUCCUCGAGCCUCAAGACGUCCUGAGAUGGUGUGUCACUUCACUGCCUCACCUUUACCAGACCACUGCCUUUGGCUUGACUGGUCUGGUCACUAUCGACAUGUUGUCCAAGUUGGCUGUGCCCCGGCCUCAGAUGGUCGACCUGAUCUUCCUCGAUACCCUCCACCACUUCCCCGAGACCUUGGCUCUGGUCGACCGCGUCCGUGAGAAGUACCCUUUGAACACCAUCCAUGUCUACAAGCCCCAAGGCUGUGAGACCGAGGAGGACUUCGCCAAGAAGCACGGUCCCCGCCUCUGGGAGAAAGAUGACCAGUUCUACGACUGGGCUGCCAAGGUUGAGCCCGCCCAGCGCGCCUACCGUGAACUUAACGUUCACGCCGUCCUCACUGGCCGCCGCCGUAGCCAGGGUGGCAAGCGUGGUGACAUCGACAUCAUUGAGGUUGACGAGGCUGGCUUGAUCAAGAUCAACCCUCUCGCCAACUGGUCCUUCGAUCAAGUCAAGCAGUACGUCAAGGAGAACAACGUCCCUUACAAUGAGCUCCUCGACCGUGGCUACAAGAGCAUCGGCGACUACCACUCCACCCAGCCCGUCAAAGAGAACGAGGAUGAGCGUUCCGGGCGCUGGAAGGGCCAGGCCAAGACCGAGUGUGGCAUCCACAACCCCCGCUCCAAGUAUGCACAGUACCUCAUGGAGAUGGAGCGUAAGCGCCAGGAGGAAGCCAUUUCGCAGGCUUUCCAGACCUCCCUCACGACUUCUGCUCAAUGAUUCCAUCCCGAGAUCUGAUUUUCUCUCUUUGCAUAUGCCACGGCGUUCACAUUCCAUCGGAGGUUUAGCGGAGUUCACAUAGCCUUGAUAUCACUCUUCUGCUCUUUACAUACGACUUUCUGUUCCCUGGGCCUGGGAUCUUGGGACAUUAUGUGUCAUGAAGUUU